AUGUUGUCACCGGCUUUGUCAUCCGUGCAAAUUAUACAUAUUUUAGGUCUUAAAAGUUUAUUACAGGAUCAAUUCAAAAAUGCUCCAGAAUUAAUUGGAGGGAUUGGAAUGCGUUUGAUGGAGAAAAUGGGAUGGAAACCUGGACAAGGUUUAGGUUUCUUUUCUGAGUAUCUUGAACGAAUUCCUAAACGUGAAAGUGUUCUUGAUCCAACCGGCAAAAAUCCAGUUUCGGUUCUAAUGGAAGUUUGUAGUCGCAAUCGAUGGAUGAACCCAGAAUUUGUUUGUGAUGAGAUGGGUCCACAUAACAAUAGACGUUAUCUUUGGAAAGCUGUAUUGAAUGGUGUAGAAUAUUCACCAUCACUUCCUUCUAGCAAUAAAAAGGCCGGGAAAGCACAAGUUUGCAUGGUCGUCUUGGAAGCUUUAGGGUUUGGAUAUUUAAAAAUUUGGUUUUUUAAAUGUUUCAUUUUAGAUUUUGUAGUUAACAUUCUUAUUUGA